AUGACUUCCAUGAAUUCAAUGCGUUUGCGGGAACUGAUUCGUUCCGUUCGAAUGUGCAAAACAGCCAGUGAGGAGCGUGAGCUUAUUAAUCGGGAGUCUGCGUGGAUUCGCAAGGAGUUUAAGGAAGGAACCCCGUACUUGCGCACCCGCAAUAUGUUGAAGUUGCUUUAUCUUCGAUUGCUAGGCUACCCGACGGAGUUCGGUCAGCUAGAGGUGAUUAACUUGCUUUCACAGACUGAUUUUUCGGGAAAGCGGAUUGGAUACUUAGCGCUGCAGCUCAUUAUGGAUGAGAACGACGAGGUUUUGACGUUAUCUGAAAAUCGCAUGGUGUCUGAUAUGGUCAGUGGUGAUCCGUUGCUCCAGGCUGUCGCUCUUAACGCGGCAUCCAACGUCGCCAGUGCGGAUAUGGCGCGUGAUAUCUUUGAGGAGGUCAUACACCUUGUGGAUUCAAAUAAUGUGUAUAUCCGUCGGAAGGCAUGCCUCGCCGCGCUGCGCAUUGUACGAAAAGCUCCUGAGUACGCCGAGUACUUCCUGGAGCGUUUUGUUGAUAUCUUUUCGAACAACCGUAUGGCGCAUCUUCUCUGCUCUCUGUCGCUCGUUAACGUGUGUUUGCAAACCGAAGCGGGCGCGGCGUUUUUGCCGCGGUAUCGGAAGCUCGCCUCAGAGGCCGUGUGUGCGCUCAAGCGCCUGGUGCUUUCAAUGCGCAUCUCCGAACGCGAUAUCGGGGACGUCGCGGAUCCUUUUUUGCAGGUGAAACUAUUGGAGUUUAUGCGGAUCACGGGCAAGGGCUCAACCGAAACCUCCGAGACGUAUAACGACAUCCUUGCCCAGGUAAUCACCAACACCAACUCCUACCGAAGCGUCGGCUGCGCGGUAGAGUACGAAUGCAUCCGCACGAUCGACGCGAUCGAAAGCGAUAAAGAUCUUAGAGCGCUUGCCGUGAAUACGAUCAGCAACUUUCUCUCCUCCACCAAUGAUAAUAAUCUUUGUUUCGUAGCAUUAGAAGUGUUACUGAAUUACGCUAAAACCGAUCCCAAGACGGUUUUAAAUCACCAGGUUACAAUUUUAGAGUACUUGAAGGAUUCGGACGUGUCGAUCCGGCGUCGCGCGCUUGAAUUAACCGUGCUUCUGAUUACCGAGGAUAAUGUGCGGCUGCUGGUGCCGGAUUUGCUAUCCUACCUGAACUUCUGUUCCGAGGAGAUGCGGGAAGACGUGACGCUGCGCAUCAGCCAAAUUAUUGAAGAGAAGUACCCCACUGAUGAAUGGCGGAUUGAAAUGUCUAUCAAGCUGCUCAAGUUGGCGAAGCAGCACGCGACGAUUGGCUUUGCCAGUCAUCUAAUCGGGUUAAUCUCUAAUCAAUCCUCGGAUGUGCAGGCCCGCGUGGUACGUGCGCUUUGGGAUGAGGAGUCGAUAACGUUCGACGCCACUCAUCAAUCCCGUCGGGCGUUUUUGAUCGUCGCGCUGUGGACGAUUGGCGAACACGCGGAGCUCCUCCUUCAGGGCGACCCGGCGCUGAAACCGGCGAAAAUUACCGAAUCGUUGAGCGUGAUCACCACGAACUCGACCGAUCGACAGGUGAAGCUCUACGGCGUUACCGCCCUGAUGAAAAUGGCGGCGCGUUAUCCGGAAGUGAAAACCCCGGUGCUUGGCAUCUUCUCAACGUUGAUGGGGAGCCUUGAUUGCGAGUUGCAGCAGCGUGCGUGUGAGUACACCACCUUGUUGACGGAGUUUCCCGAGGAGGCCGCCUUCAGCUUCGGGCAUAUGCCGCCUAUUCGUCUUCAAAAUGGCGUGGAGUUUUCCCGCGUGGAGGAGGUUGCCGUGAGUUCGCGAGAAGCAAACAAAAACCAAAUUAAGGCUGAUCUUGACGAUUUGUUUGGCUUUUCCGACCAGAAAAAGGACUUAUUGACUUCUGUUGACGCAUCAAGCUCGGCUGUGGGAGGUCUCCCAGAAACGGGAGCAUACUUAGGCGUCAAUUUACUUCCUGGAAGUGCUGCUGGUGUGCGAGAAACCUUCAAUUCGGCGCAAGGAGCGCCUUUUUACGCUCCAACGAUGAACCCAGCUCCCAUAGACUAUUCUAACGCAUCUUUGGCCGUUGAUUUUUCUGCGAACCCCUUUUUUCAAGCUUAA